AUUCAAGUAGCCCUUGAAACACUUUUAACUCAAAAGUCAUAUAAAUUUGUAGGUCAAAAUUCUACCUAGGCCUCUCACCUGGUUUCCCCCAUUGCUCGUAAUUGUUUUGAUCCUGACUGAGUUCUCCUUCCCCAAUUUACCAAUGGGUUCCGUGGUCAGUUCUAUGCAACGGCCCCAUCUUAUGGUGAGCAUGGAGAGUUCGCAGGCGAAUUUUGUUCGCGAAAUGAUUGCCAACAACAAGGUGGUGAUCUUUAGCAAGACUUACUGUCCGUACUCCAGCAUGGCCAAGGAGCAGUUUCGCAAGUUGGAUGUUAAGCCCAUUGUCGUGGAACUGGACUUGCGGGAAGAUUGCAGCGAGAUUCAGGCGGUGCUGGGCAGGAUGACGGGGGCCAAGACCGUGCCCAGAUGCUUCAUAGAUGGCAAGUUCGUGGGUGGCGGCACCGAUGUGAAGCGUCUCUUCGACCAGGGCAUCCUGCAAAAGUAUUUCAAGUGAUUAUAUUCGAUUUUAAGUUUUUUUUUUGGCACAAAUAAAAAAACGUCUGGAGUCCUUUAAGAAAAUAGUUUAAUAGUAAAGAACUCAAUCUAAUCUA